UUUGCUAUAUUGCAUCCCUUUUACAUCUGGUAGGAUUCCUCCGGUGAAGAUUCGUAGAUUUACAUCCGAUUUAUCGGUAGAUUGUGUACAAAUCCCUGUUCUGAAUGUUAUUUAAUAGAUUCUCUGUUUAAUCCGUGUGCUUGAUUUCGUUUCGGUGAUUUACAUUCGUCGUAUUUUUGUGUUAAUUUUGUGAGUGAAAGUUUCCGCGGUGCGGUGCUUGAUAACGAGUGUUCUUUGUUGUUGCUAUCAGUGCGAUUAAAUUUAAUUAAUAUUUACGUGGUGUUUAGUUAGCAAAAGCUGCUAGAAACCAGAAUGUCUGACGAUUGGGCCGUUGUUGGCAAACAGAAGAAACCACGCAAGGCUGCCGGGGACAAGAAUAAAGCUACCGCAGCGAAAGCCGGAAUUCCCCAAAUAGAAGAUGCUGACACAAUGGAUCAGAUUCGGUCGCUGUACGCCAAUGUGAAGGACGAUCUAUUACUCGGUCCCCAUCAGGGCAACAAGGAAGACAAGAAGAACCACAAUGUGACCAACGGAAAACAGCAGCAGGACCGCAAGCGAUCACCUGCACGUGGCCAACAGCAGAGCAAAGCCAAACAGAAGCAGGAAACGGACAAGAAACAACCGGCCAAGCCCAAGUACAAAGAUCUAGGGGCGGCGCUGAAAGCAACCAUCGUCAGUGACCUCCGAGCGCACCUGUGGGCAGUGAAUGAAAACUUCAAAGACAAUCAGCUAAUGGCACUCAAAGCGAUAACAUCGUUCCUGAAUGAAAACCUACGCGUAGAUGUCGUUGAUCCCGUUUUUGCAAACAAAUCCCUUGCCUACCCAUAUGACGUGCUUCCUGAGGAUCUGAAAGAUCUGAUUGAUGAAACUAUAUCCAAUGCAGGUGACCAGAACGUGCAAUAUUUCUACGAUCUCUCGUUGUCCAAUUUGACGGGCGACAUGAACAAAAAUUUACCGCAUCUUGGACACAAGAUCCUGCUGCAGGCAAUGGCCGUUCACGAUCCGCAGAUCUGCGUGAACAAUCUGGCCCGGAAUGCAAUCCUGCGGAAUUCGUUUCAAAACCGCAGCAACAUUGGGCUCAGUUUGCUGUGGGCUCUCGGUCAGGGCGGCUUCCACGAUCCCAGUGUGGGUCUUAAGGUUUGGCAAGACAUCAUGGUACCGGUCAUCGAGCUCAAAACCUACAGUAAAUACGUAUACGAAUAUGUUCAUAAAAUAUUGCACCAGAACACGACUGCCAAACUUGACAUUUCAUCCAGUGACUUCCUGACCAUACUCAGUUCUUUAACGACACAGAACAAAAGUAACCGCGAGCUGGCCAACCUGCUUGACGACGCCUCCAAGAUCCUCGUGGAACGGUACGUCCUAAGUGCCCCGAAGACCUCUAGCACCUUUACGACGCUGUUCAAAAACAUUCAGUUCAUCGCCAAGCCGGAAUUGAUCUACUUCGGACUGAUAUUGUGCCUCAUCGAAGACCCCGAGUGCUGGGCCGCCUGGCGGGGUCUAUACAGGAAAAACAUUCAGCAAACGGCUGAUCUGCUAGGCUUCAUAGAAAUCUCGUCAACUGAUCCCUCUUUGAAAUUGGAAAGCGAUCGGUUGUUCCACCAAUUUCUAGAUGACAUCCAGCAAAUAAACGACGAGCUCGGAGAGAGCAAGAAGAAAGUGGAAGGACUGAAAACGUCAGUUACGGUGUUGAAGCAGGUGCAAGACAAAGUUUCCUCGAAGAAGAACAAAGCCGCCAAGUCCAACAAGUCAUCCCGAUCGGGGGCGACGACGGUAUGCUGUAGUUUUCUGUUGGCCACAUUCCUGCUGUUCGGUCUGACCGGUGGCCUGAUCGGUUUCGACACAUACCGGGCGGGUGGCAAAUUCGAAAACUCCCACACCGGACAGCUGCUGAAGCAGGCUGGCCUGCUUCCGGCUGUGCAGGACGCGUGGACCUGUACGCUCAAGUACAGUGCACGGGGCUUCAAGUGGACCGAGGAGCACGUUCCCGUCUACUAUGGGCAGGCGAAAAAGACCGUUGGACCAUACGUAGAAUUUUCGAUAGAUUUCAGCAAAAUUCUAUGGAAUGGUGCCAAAAAGGGCUUCGGCAACGUGAAACUGCUGGUUGAACAGAAAACUCCAGUGGUUGCUGAUUUCGUUGAGCAAUACGCUCCAGGGCUGCCGAAGAAAAUUGGCGACUUUGCUUGUUCGUCGUGGACUGCUGUCAGCACGUUUACGGUCAACACCUACAACCAUAGCUGCGAGUUCUUCAAAACCAAGGUGUUUGUUGGUCAACUAUCACCGGAAAACUUGGGAAAAGCCUUCAACAGUACCCAACAGGCUGCUGCUCAGUACUAUAGCUGGUUCCACGAGCAGGUUGAUUUCUAUGCCAAGGUAAAGUAAGACAACGCCAAUCUUGAGCCAAGUUGGGAAAAGAUCAAAACGUACAGAUAACAAGGUAAUCGCGUAUAGCAACAACAAUUACAAAAUAGUGAACUGCAUCCUCUUUCAAUGCUGCAACGCUGUCCGCCAUCUUUUGCAGCUGCAGCAGCCUGAAAAGAAAAGAAAAAAAAACUAUUCGCGCGAAACAAACAAAGAACAGCACCGUUGAUCCCACUCGAAAAAAAAAGACCUAACACGUGAAAACAACUAAUAGUGCACGCGGGUAGCGAGUUUAAAACGCUAUCUGCGGCUGGAGGAGGAGGAAAGUCGAAUAAAUGUAACAUGUGGACGAAGAACAAAGAUUGGUUAGGAAUUAUUAUUAUUAUUUUUGUUUUUUGUGAGAUGACGGACCAUCCUUGUUUUUCUUGAUCGUGAUGUAUGAAAGAGUGAAAUUCGAUCUUUGCCAGGAACGGAAAUAUGUCAAGUUGAUGUACAGAACGGAGAUAAAUGGUUUAUUGUGUAGCAAGUAACGGAGAAAUAAAAGGAGUUGUAGAGAGAGAAUAAAAAUGGUAGAGAUCAAAUAAAUAAAAUGAAUGCGAAAGCAACAAAGUGAGCAUUUUCUGUAACUACAGAACUCCGCUGUUUACGAACAUUUGAUAGACUCUUUUUUUUUAAAUAAUAUUUUACUAAUUUAAUUUUUUUGUUUUAUACUAAGUAACUCCCGGUAACUGUUUAAAUGAUGAGAGGAAAAAUAGAGAAAAGAUUCUAAAUUAAAUUUCUGUUGUAAAUCAGAA